AUGAAACUGAUACUAGCUUUUCCACCAAUACAGACGAGAGAUCAAGAUAGUGCUGAUAAGUCAUAUCCAGUAUUUGAUGCACAAAAAAUUGAGUUGGAUCUUACAUGUGAUGAUCAAGAGACCACCGAUGAAUCUGAUUCAAUGUUUGAUGACCAAGAGACUAUUAAUGAAUCUGAUUUAAUAGUUGAAAAUAGAGAGAACACCAAUGAAUCUGAUUUAAUAUUAAAUAACCAAGAUACUUCCAAUGAAACUGAUUCAAUAUUCGAUGAUCACGAGACUGAAAAUGAAUCGAGUUCAAUAUUUGAUGAUGAGUUUGUUUCAAUGUUUGAUGAGCAGGAGAUUGUUGAUAAGUGUGACCCAAUAUUCAAUGAUUGUGAGAUUGCUGACGUGUUUAGUGAAGAGAAUGCUGAUGAUUUAAACAAAAUAUUUGAAGAGGAUGUAUUAGAAGAUUCUGAGGAAACCGAGGAUAAACUUUGGAGCAAUGAUGGUGAACACGAUAAUAUAGACUUCCCUAAUGUUAUAUAUCGGGAUUUUAUAGAUAUAGGAAGUAUUACAUUUCUUAUUCUUUUGGAGAUUAGAUAUUUAAUUCUAAAGAAAAUUCUUCCUCGAUCAACUAAGGAAGGUCUUCAUUUCUUGGAUACUUUAAAGAAAAAUCAUGUAAAAUUUUCUUCCACUUCUGUUGCACAAGGACACCAAGAACGAGUUUACUCUGAAUUUUAUAACUGCAAUUGGUGGGGCCAUGUGCAGCAGCAUAUUCCGUUUGGUCAUAAAGUUUUAGCCAUUAUAUUAUAUUUGGAUACGACCACACUAGAUCGUUUAGGAAAGAACUCUCGUCAUCCGGUAUUCAUUAGCUUGGGUAAUAUUCCAACAAAUCUUCGAAACAAAGCUAAAUCAAAGGCACUUGUUGGCAUCAUACCUACAUUACAGGGCACUAAGGAGAAACAACAAACACCGCAAUUUAGACAAUUAAUCAGAUCAACUUUUUAUAAGUGUAUUAAAAUAUUUAUUAAACCUCUACAUUUGCAGUAUCAAUCCGAAGUCUUAUUAAAAAUUAAUUCUUAUAAUUUAAGAUAUAAUAUGGUUAUUGCAACUGGACAGGGAAAAUAUUAUUCUUUAUAUGAAGAAAUUAACAGCUUCUGGAGUCAUCUAUGUUUUAAUAUUUACAUAGCAAUGGUUCCCGAGCGAAUGCACCACUUAGAUCUAGGACUUUUUCCGUAUAUGGUUAAAUUUACAAGAGAUCUUUUAAAGUUUCACGGCGGAAUCACUCUUGUUAAUAAAAUGGAUUUAAGACUUGGACUAAUCCCACGUUAUCCUGGAUUGAAAGUAUUCAAUUCUGGUCUUGCGGAUCUUGCUCUAUUUACUGCAUCCGAGUAUAAGCAUAUGAUGAAAAUUAUGCCUUUUGUUCUUGAAGGCCUCAUUGAAGAAAAUGAGUCACUUGUUAAUAUGUUCAUUAAUUGGAAUAAAAUGUAUCAACAAUCAAGGCAAUAUAAAUUUACACAGACUAAACUUUUUCAGUUUGAGAAUUUGUUGAUAUUCUCAGUUCGUUCACUAAGAACAGCUGCCGGUUUUUAA